CGCCAGCAUUGAUAAUGAUGUUUCUGUUCAACCACUCAAUACUCUUAAACUAGACGAACAGUUCCUCCGUUGUUCUUGAACGAAACACAUUAAAUCCAGCAUCGUUUAUUCUGCCGCAUCUGCGGGACACUCAUGACCUCACUUCCGCUCUUGCGCUGGUCCACACACACCUAAACAAAGUCCCCGCCUGGACUUCUGCGCUGCUGUGUGUUCUUUUCAUAUGGAUGCAGGACAUGCAGGAACUCGCGGCUUUUAUUUAUUUAUUUAAUCAUUUGCGCUGUUUGAUUUUUUUCUUGCGUAAUGUAAGAAACGGACAUGAGAAGUUCGUCUCGAGCUGAGCAGCGUUCCGGAAGCAGCGCGCGUUACCAUGGCGACCGCAGCGCGUCCUGUUGUUCUGCUGCAGGUGAGCUGAUCGCAUCGCUGUAGAGGCUCCGGUCAUGCUGUCCAGCGCGCCGCACGCCCGCGGCUUCCUCCACAACCCCGCGCCGACCCAGCCACAGCCCCGGUGCCAGGCUGUGAGGGUCGCCGAGCUCUCUCGAGUGCUUCAGCUGCUGCAGGACCCGCUCUCGUCCUCACUAAAAGAAAGGCAGAUUUUUAUCUUGAAGAAGGUGGUAAAACAAUGCCAGCGUGGAUUUCUUUUGAGGGACCUCGCUGACAUAUGUAAGAUUAUAAAUGUUUGUGCUGAAAGAGUGUCCGAUCAUCCGGAAUAUGCCCGAAUCCUCUGUGAUUUACUGCAGAUAUGCAGUCUUCCCUUCCUGAAGGAGAAGUCGUCUGAUGAGAUGAGCUACGCCGCUGUGGUGACAGACUGUGUGUCUCAGAUGGGUUUUCUGAUGAGGAUCCCGCUGCCGGAGGUGCGGCGUCAGAUCUGUUCGACUGUGAUCGCCUUCUACAGCCGCGACAAACACAAACACCGCUCUGAUGGUGAGAGACGUGAUCCAGCUACACUGGUGAUGUCUCUGGCUCUGAUGGAGGAGCAGCUUCCGGUCAAACUGUGUCUCCUGCAGACGCUGCAGAUCCUGUCCAGAGCAUCAGAGGUCAACUGUAACCUGAUGCUGAGAGCUCAGGGCGCACAGAAGAUCUGCUUCCACAUGAGCGAAGGAGAUCCGUCCGGAGAGCUGCUCUUCAGAUCCUCCGAGAUCCUGUGGAACCUGCUGGAGAAUGGCUCCCGACAGGAAGUGACCUCACAGCUCAGCAGCAGCGACUGCAUCGCAUCUCUGAAGGACGUGUUUCUCCAUCUGCUCCUGAAGGGUUUCCGUCAUCACGAGCGUCAGCUGAGGAACGACCUGCUGGUGCUGCUGUCUCUGAUCGCGGAGAAGCCCGGCGCUCCUCUGAUCGAGAGCGGCUUCCUCAAGCAUCUCACGCCGUUCCUCACGUUUCCCGAGCUGAAGAGCCACAAUCCUCUGGUGAGAAACCUCAAGCUGUCCUUCAGCCAGGAGGACUUUGAGAUGAAGAAGCUGCUGCUGAACAUGAUCGUGGUGCUGUCGAGAGAUCUGGCUGUGCUGCAGGUGAGAUGA